GAUUGAUGAUGCACCGACAGCGUCCAGUUGUCUUGAGAAACUGGUGCCGCGGCUUCAGAGGGGGAAAUAGGCAUGAGAGCGAACGCGAGACAUCGAUCACUCUGUCCCCUCACUCCUUCACACCUUCAGGAGUGUUAAAAUAAACGCCUUUUUGCCCGACGGCUGCCGUGAGCGAUUUCGUCACACCUGCAUGAGGUCACAAGCAGUCACUACCGCACAGGGACAGACCCCGGGAGAGGCGAGUUCUGAGUGAAAGGAAAAGGGCGGGGCUGAAGUCGAGAGGUUGGGCUGUGUCCGGCUUGUUGCUGUCACAGAGGCUAGCCCCCUCUCGUCUGAAAUGGCUACUGUCCAUUGUCUCUGCUGCUCGGGAUUUCUCCAGAGACAGCACCUUGCCUAUUUCCUAGCAAACCCACACUAUGGCAGCCUCAUUAAUGCAGAUGGCCAUGCUGAAGUAUGGACAGAUUGGAAUGAUACAUCCAAGUUUUUCCAGUAUGGAUGGAGAUGUACCACCAAUGAGAAUGCCUAUUCAAACUGUACCCUGAUGGGAAACUGGAACCAGGAAAGAUAUGACCUAAGGAAUAUUGUGAAGCCCAAACCCUUGCCUUCCCAGUUUGGACACUACUUUGAAACAACAUAUGAUAUGAGCUAUAACAACAAAAUGCCACUUUCAACUCAUAGAUUUAAGAGAGAGCCUCACUGGUUUCCAGGACAUCAACCAGAACUGGAUCCUCCUCGGUACAAAUGCACAGAAAAGUCAACUUACAUGACCAGCUACUCAGAGCCUCAAACUGGGCAUCACUUCCCAUAUAUGUGGAAUCGUAGUAACUGCCAAUUUCAGGGUCCACGGCUCUAAGAAAGAAUAAGAACCUUCAUUUUUCCUAGAGUAAAUUGUAGGAGGGAGCACAUUCUAAGCACAACUAAGAAUCUAGCUGACUAUAACAGUUUCACUCUCUGAAUAAAGAAAGAACAGAAAAAUA